AUGCGUCUCUCUCAGUCAGUCCUUCUAGCCUCUCUGGCAACUCUCGCCAUGGCAGCAAAAGACACAGAGCCAUCCCCAUCUACUCCUGCUCCGGCUUGCACAGCGACCUCGACGACAGGCUCCUAUUUCGAUCUGCGCCCCGAUAUAGCAUGGCCUGAAGACUCCGGCAAGGCUCAUAGCAAGGCUCAACACAAGGACUAUUAUGCGAGGGGGUGGGAUUACGGAAAGAACUUCACCUUGAACAUCUGCAACUCCGUAGUUUCGCCAGUCAGCGAUGUUGUUGGCGUUUCCAAGACCCAAUGGGCUAAUGUUAGCGCAUACUACACAUCCCAAGGCAAUAUCUACUCGAUAGGCUCUCAAUCUUUGGAUGUGCAGUCCCGCGGCCGCAAGCUUGUUUUACAGUACACGGAUGGUUCGCCAUGCGGCAAAUCCAAAUCCAAAUCCAAAUCCUCCCCACGAAGCGUGGACUCCGUAUACGACAACGAAGACACAUUGACAAAGCAGCACGCGCACGAAGUCGAAUCAUACGCCAAGGCUGAUGAUCCCAAAGAUCGGAAGAAAUCCACCACCAUCUCGUUCCUCUGCGACAGGGACGUUGGGAAUACCAACCUGGCUGUCUCCUUUGUAGGAACCGAUCCGGACGAAUGCGCUUACUUCUUCGAGGCUCGCUCGCAUCACGCGUGUGCAUCGUCCGAGCCGCACAAGCCUGGAAGUGUUGGCCCUGGAAGUAUCUUCGGUAUUAUCUUUGUCAUUGCCGUCCUCGUCUACUUCCUGGGUGGUGUCUUUUACAACCGCACCGUGUCUCACGCCCGCGGAUGGCGGCAACUCCCCAAUUAUAGCCUCUGGUCUGGAAUGUGGAGCUUCAUCUCCGACAUGUUUGUCAUUGCUACGGCGUCGUGUGCUCGCUUCCUCCCUGGUCGGAGGGGCUACAGCUACCUAAGCGCUAAUGAUCACCCACGAAACCGGAAUUCCGAUGCUGAGAAUCGGUUGAUUGACCAGCUUGACGAAGAAUGGGAUGAUUAG